GGUCGGGAGGUAGUUCUUCUUCAUCUUGUGACCUGUUUGAGCACCACCAACACGCUGUGCUGAUCAUGGCGGACGCGGAGCAGCUCGCAAAGGCCCUGGUGGUGGGAUUCCUCACCCAAGAAAACCAAAAGCUAGCGGAUAAAGCAGAGAAGACGCUCGGCGCGAAGCUCCCAAAAUUGCCUGAAAAUGCUCCCUCAGUCGUGGAUAUUGUCAAACAUUACCUCAAGACAUCACCCAACAAGCGGCGGCUGAGCCUUGACCCGCCGGCAGCCAAGAAGGUGCGGAAGGAAAAGUCCAGCUCGGAGGAGGAAAGCAGCUCAGAGGAUGAAGCUCCAGCCAAGCCAGCAACCCCAAUGGUCAACGGCAAGGCAAAGAAAGGUGCCGCUGCUGCUACCCCCAAGACACCCGUGCCUCCGAAGAAAGCAGUGACCCCAGCUAAGGCCAAGGCUGAAGAGAGCAGCAGUGAGGAGGAGAGCACUUCAGAGGAGGAACCAGCCAAACCUGUAGUUAAGAAGGCUCCUGGCCCCCAGCCAGCCAAGCCAGUUCCAGCCAAGGCUAAAAAAGAAUCAAGCUCAGAAGAGUCCACGUCGGAAGAGGACGAGCCACCCAAGAAGGUCGUCCCAAAAGUCGCUGUGCCCAAAGUUGCUGCCAAACCCAAGGAGUCAAGCUCAGAGGAAUCUAGCUCCGAGGAGGAUGAACCAGCAAAGCCCGCUGUCAAAACAGUAACCCCGGUGCAGACGCCCAAAGCACCUCUAGCUAAGCCUGAGUCCAGUUCAGAAGAGUCAAGCUCUGAGGAAGAUGAACCCACACCAGUUGUAAAGAAGACUGUCCCUCCCCCACAGAAGCCAGUCAGUAAAGAAGAUUCCGAUGACUCUGAUGAUGAGGACAGCUCAUCAGAGGAGGAGAAGCCUGCCAAGCCAGCAGCAAAGCAAGUCAAGCCUGCUGCCAAGCCAGCAGCAAAGCAAGUCAAGCCUGCUGCCAAGCCUGCUGCAAAGCCUCAGGAAUCCAGCUCAGAGGAAGAAUCAAGUUCAGAAGAGGAGGAUGCACCUGCUAAGCCAGCAGCAGCACCACCAAAGCAAGUGAAACCUGCUGCCAAGGCUAAGGAGUCCAGCUCAGAGGAAGAGUCAAGCUCAGAAGAAGAAGCACCAGCCAAACCAGCAGCGAAGACACCAGCAAAGGCAGUUCCUGCUAAGAAGGAAUCAAGCUCCGAGGAGAGUGACAGUUCUGAUGAGGAGGAGGAGGCAGCCAAAGCCCCAGCCAAACCAGCUGCCAAAGCCCCAGCCAAACCUGCAGCUGCUGCAGAGUCCAGUUCCGAGGAAUCUGAUGACUCAAGUGAUGAGGACGAGGCUCCGGCCAAGCCUGCAGCCAAGGCAGCCCCCAAGCCUGCAGCAGCAAAGAAGGAGAGCAGCUCAGAGGAGGAGUCAAGUGAAGAAGAGAGUUCAGAUGAAUCACCAGCCAAGAAGAUGAAGGCCGCGUCCACUCCAGUCACUCCCACCACCAACGGCACAGUUAGCAAGAGUCAGAUUCAGAAUAAUAGUUUUACAAAUAGCGACCAGAAUGCUCACAAUACCUCAUUCACUCCACCUACAAGCAACAAAAAGUUACCGUUUAGGAGAGUUCGGGCCGAAGAAAUGGACCUCAACCCCAGGUUUAACAAUUCUUUCGAAGCUAAGCGUGGAUCAUUUGGGUCCUGGGGUGAACGGGCCUACAAUGACCUGAGGAAGACGCAGGGCAAGAACUUCCGCCAUGAGAAGAACAAAAAGAAGAAAGGCUCCUACCGAGGAGGCAUCCUAGAUAUGACGGUCAAUUCCAUCAAGUUUGACUCUGAUUAGUUUCUCGUUUGUCAUGCCUAGUGUACCUCAAAGACAGUGUGAGGCGGAAUUAAUCUUUUGUGUACAUGAUGAGUGAAAGGUGAGUGAAGUGUCAUUGAUGACUUGCAAAACUUGGUGGGCAUUGACGAAAUGACAUUUGUGAGUUUUUCAUUUGGAAAUGGUGUUAUAUAAUUAAAAAAUGUACUAUUUUUUAGAUUUUGUUUUUUAGGGUUGAAAUCAUUCUUGCUAAAUACAGUUUUAUUUAUUGUAAUCAUUUGAUUUUUGGGUCUUAAAUACAAAGUUCUUUUUGUAGCAGUAGACAGACAAGGUCAUGUGUUUGUCUUUGUUGUCCCGAGAAAAUAUGAAUUUGUAUUAGUUUAAUUAUCAGAUUAUAAGAUAUAUUUUGUUAACUAAUAAAUAGGGAAUAUAAGAGCAGAGGCUGGUGCUAAUGCUCUGCUGUGGUUUGCUACAAGAAGUCAUGGGCAGAAAAGUCUUUGACGGUCAGCAGUGGUCUGAGCAUCAGCAAUCCAUUACUAUAAUGUGACUGCCCAACCACUACAUUGUAAAGUUAUCAAAGAAUUCCUGACAUGGGUUACCUUGCUUAUAGCCAACAAAAAAAGGAAGAUUAUCAGUGUUUAUUUUAUAAGCGUAUAUAUAUUUUUGCCCAUCUAUAAUUGUAGAAGAUUUUGUUAAAUUUCUCAAUCCAGUGGUAGUGUUAGGAAGGGGAUAGGACAAGAGUGUUUCUGGGGCAGCGGGUGGAGGAUUGGACGUGUAUGGGUGGGCAAGACUCCAGUUAACUGAUAUUCUCGUUUACAUUGAAUAAGUGUUCGUUGCACCACAUUUACCUGCCAUGUGAUAUCAUGACAGGAAAAGGUCUCCAGAUAACAUGAAAGGAGAGGGUGGAGAGUGGUGGCAUUGUACAUUGUUUUGUUUACAUCUGGUUGGCUGGACGCCCGGGAGCGGUCAGCCAGCCAGCCGUGGAGCAUUUAAUGAGGCAUAGAAUGUAUUUUUAAUAAACUAGGAAACAACU